AAAUGGGAUAGGACAGAGUUCCGGGUGCCGGGCAGCCGCUGAGAGAAGCAGAACGUGGUAGCUGGUAGUGGAAAAAGGAAAGCCGGCAUGUUCCGAAUCGAGGGCCUCGCGCCGAAGCUGGACCCCGAGGAGAUGAAACGGAAGAUGCGCGAGGAUGUGAUCUCCUCCAUACGGAACUUCCUCAUCUACGUGGCCCUGCUGCGAGUCACACCUUUUAUCCUAAAGAAACUGGAUAGCAUAUGAAGAUGAACAUCACAUGUGAAUGCAUGAUAAGAGGAACCCGGUUACAACUUCUACUCCUAUCUGCAAAUGAAUAGGCCCCGAAAGAUGUAAGAGACUCUGAAUGGACAUAAAAAUUCUACUCAUUAAGAACAAGUUUGGCCUCUGGUAACUGACCUUCAUAGCUAAAAUUUAAAACUGCUUGAGAAGUAAAGACAUUUUGUGGUGAUGGUACACCCAUAUGCUUGUGAUGUUCAGCCUCUGUGAAUGUUGAUAUAAUUAAUUGUAAGUAAUGUUAAACUCCAUUUUUUAGCAAGUAUAAAUUAUAAGGGAAUUAUGUCUGCAAUAGCACUGUCUUGUUAGUCAUUUCUGUUUACCUUUUUACUUCUGUCUGGAGUAUAUUUGUUGAAGAGUUCCUUUUGAUUAGUUGUAUUUUACAGAAGCCAGCACACAGCCACAACAACAUUUAAGCCCAGGAUCAUUAGUCUAUAUUUUUAAUUAAAAUACCAACUAAGAAAAAAAUUGGAUUUUAUUUCUCUUAACCUGCUUUUUGCUGCAGACCAACAAUCACUGUUUCCAUGGAGAUAAAAGUUCCUGUUCUGCAAAAUAGGCUUCAUUCGUUUUGUCUCUGAAGAGAGAAAUAUCAUCAAUGUGCUGUUAGUACAAGAGAUGGAGGAAAGAAAAUCGCUAAUUGAAAAUAUGUUCAUGAUGCCAAGAGACUGAAGACUAAUUUUUAUGGGACAGUGCGGAAACAUCAUGGAGACUACUGCUGGGUGUCAUACAGCAAUGGGAGUUUAUAAGAUGCUUUUCUUCCCAAGGUUCAGAUUGCAUUGCCUCUGAUUAUUAUUUGAACUGAUGACAGAGAAGCAAUAUAUAGAUAAUUUAAAAUAACAAAUAUUACAAGAAAGUUUUUAGAAAUGUGAUAGAAAAGAAUUAAAACAAGGAAAUAUAGGAAAUGGUCAAAUGAAUUGCUCAUCUUAAUAUCAUUAGUAAAAACUCAGCUUUUAUUUGAUUUUACUGUACUUUUGAGUAAAAUUUAAUAGGCUUACUAUUGAAUCUUUAUGUCAACUAAAAUUUUAUAAAUGCUCAAUUUUCAUAACUGUUGUUUUCAUUGGUCUCAAGCAAAUGAAACAAAAGAUAAAAUAUCCUUAAUAAAAUAUUACUAGCUUAGUGAAACAA